AUGGACUCUCUGGACACAUUCAAGAGAAUAAAGAGUGCAAGUCCUUCCAUGAAUCCGAUAAGUCCAACUACGUUGGACAACCUUUCAAUGGACUUGAAGGAGAAAAAGUACCAUGAAGGACUCAAUUUUGACGAUGAGAUAUCAAAUCCUAGUCCCUCAAUCGGACCUAAAACACCAAAGUCAAGUAAACAAAGGUAUUCAAGCUUUUCCAGUCCUAGUGUGGGAGCUUUCACGGAUAUCUACUCACAAGCUCCGAAAGCUCAACGUUCUCCAAAAAAGUCAAUUCUCUCUCCCACCAAAAACUAUUCCGAGCUGGUAAAUAGGUUAAGAGCAGCACGAGGAAGCCCAGUGAAAACAGAAAACAAAGUUACAGAUAGUGGAAAAUACAAAUGGUCACCGACAUCACGUAUUAAUAGCUUGGAAGAGGAGAUGUCAAAAUUGCAUAGAGAUGCUGAAAAGAAUGAAAUUUAUCGAAAGGAGAACCUUCGGUUGCAGAAAGAGAUGGAAAAGUUGGAAAGUGUGAAACUUGAUUGUGCACAGGCUCAAAAGGAUGCAAGUUAUUGGAAGACGGAGAUUGAAUACUUGAAACAAGAGAGCUCACGCUUGAAAGAAGAGAGCUCACGCUUGAAAGAGGAAAAUACGCGCUUGCAAACCACUCUUGAUUCAAAAGACUCAAAAUUGGACCAUUUACAAAUUGAAAAUGAGAAGUUGACUAAACAUAAAACGAUGCAGGCAUCCAUUAUUGCAAAACGAGAUACGAAGAUUGCUGAAUUAAGAAAAUCUUUAAACUUAUCAAUAGCUUAUAGCGACAAGUGGUGCGAGAUGAUUGAUUCUAUGGCAGUGGAAAUCAGAAAAUUGAAACAGCACAUACGAGACUUGAAGGGAAAAGAAACAAGAGAAAAGCAGCACAAUCUUCGAAGCCAUUUUGAUGGUGAAUUUGCAAAUACACGAGCACCCAUGGGGAAAACUAGAUCCGGGGGAAAUGAAGGUCUGUCACAGGCAAGUCGUGAAUCAGAACUGGAUAGUAGAGCCCUUGACGUUGAAAGGAUACGAGAACUCUUUGAAGAAGUUAUCUCAGAAAAGUUACCAAGUUUGAUGCGAUCUCAGAUUGGUGUUGAAGCAACACCACAAGGAACAUUUGGAGCGGAACAGCGUACCAAGUCGCAGAAUAUCAAUCAGAGUAGCUCCAAGGCGCAAGAUCUUGCAGACGCAUUGCAUAAACAAUACAGCGAUCAUAAUUUGAUGCCCGAUAACGUAACGAGAAACGAAGGAGUAUCAGGGUCAAAGGACCAAAAUGGUGCAUUUGCAGUACGGUUCAACAAAGAUCUGCUUGUUCAUGAAAACACAUUGAAAGCAAAAGGGUACGAUAGCGACCAUAACCAACAGAACUACCCACAUACGGAUGGUACACCAGCACAAAACCUCAAAGUGAUUGAAACUUUACUCAACGAUAUAAAUGAGCUAAAGAAUAAGGCACGAGCUUGGGAAAAGAGUCAAGAAAACGGAGAAAAGCUUGCUGGUUCUGGAGAAUCAACUGACCCUGUUAUCCACAGUAAAACAAAAUCGCAACUGCAAUAUCGAGAACGGCAUCAUCCUCCUCGGACCAAUUUCAAAUCAGAUGAUAAGUAUGGCCUGAUGGGACAAGUGUCACAACCUCAACAGUGUCACCAUGAGCAAUUACCAAAUCAUAAAGGGCCCCAUAUAAAUGUACAAACGCAAACUGAUUCCACGCCCUCGACUAAUGACUCCGAAAAUGAUCGCUAUUAUCGACAACAUGAUGGCUCAAAGACCAACGAUCGUAGAGCAAGCUUUGAAAAAUCUACGCAAACGUAUGCUGCACCACCUUUCGAGGCACAAGUUGGUGCUGAAAGGGGUGGCACCGUGCAAGAAUCAACGGUUAUAUCCAUCAAGGAGGGUUUGAAGAGCAAUAGUGACCCCCGUAUCUUGCCAACUUAUUCGAAUGGUGAUCAGGAUUCAAUCCCAGAGCACUUGCAGUUUUGUUCUGGCGUAGAUGAUCUCGAAAUUACAUGCUUAUGCACCAAGUGUCUGGCCAAUCGUGACUAUACUAAUUCCAACAGGGGCUGGGUAACUGAAAUUGAAAGUAAACCUACGUUGAUGACCCCAGCUAACUGA